AUGGCAGCUAAGAAGGUCGAUUCUAAGACACAAAAGAAACCAACUGAUAAGUCUACUAAGAAAAAGGACCAGAAGAAGUGGGUUAAAACCACUACUAAAGAGAAAGUACUUAAGAAUGUAAUACUUGAUGAAGAGAUCUUUAGUAAAGUAAAGAAAGAAGUAGUUAAUAUGACUGUAGUUACUCCUUCUAACUUAGCUUCUAAACACAACUUCUCUAACUCUUUAGCUAAACAGAUUCUAGAUGAAGUAGUUAAGACUGGAGAGAUAGAAGUUAUCUCUAAAUCUUCUUUCGGUACUAUCUACGGUAAGAAAGUAGUAGCCGAAGAAAAAACAGCAGCACCAGAAGUUGUUACCUCCUCUGCUUAA